CAUUUGAUAGGUCACAUAAUUCGAGGUAUGGGCAAAAUGGUAUUUCCAUACUUCAGGAUACGUACGCGCGUUGUCUACGUAGAUAGUAUACAAUCACUUGGCUUGCGAGGGAUAGCAAAACCUCAAAUCACCGUACCGGGUUUCUUCAUCAACCCCGCACUCUCGAUUCUUGUGCCCAAAGUUGAGCCUCACAAAAGGCUGACAGGGAUCCAGCAUGUAUGCGAUGGGGUGAGCAGAGUGCGAUGAUCAUACGCAUCCAGACCGAUUUGGAGUGCGACAUAAGUGCGAUAAGUGCGGUGAAAGUGCGACGGGAAUGCCAUUCGUCAACCCCACUACUGUCCCGCUCGCGUGCAUGAAGGAGUGUGUCGCACUUACAAGUGCGAUGGCCAACCCCGGUCUGCAUGACAGCCUUACGAGUAUCAUCGUGAAUAAGUGUAAGCCCAGUCCGUUGUCCGAAGCUACUUGGCCUUCAACUAGAACACACUUGUUUUCUAGCCUAACGGGUGGUCAAAGGUUGAUCUUCACUAGAGUUUCAAUGGCGGUCAACCCGGCUCCCAAAAUCGGAUCGCCGGUUGGACCAUCUGCUGCGCCUUUGCCCUUCAGCUUGCAAACGUCGCAAGAUGUAAGCAACAUUCAAGAAGAGUCCAACAAACGGAAGAAACCACCAAGAAAACUGGACAGUGAAAAGUGCCAGCUUUGCAGACAACACAAGUUGAAGUGCCUUCCUCAACCUCGAACAUGGCCGCAAAAGUGCGAUCGCUGUUUGUCGAAAGGCCUAGAGUGUUCACCUGGCGAAGUCAAGAAAAGGACACGAAGACGGGCUCCAGGCGAAGAAGAGCCUGAAAGCAUGAUGAGUAUCGCGAGCGACCGGCGAUCCCACGGCCAAGAUCAUGAUGGCUCUAGCACUUCUUGGAACUGCGAAGAUCUGAUGGAUAUACUUACCGCAGUCCAGCUUCUGAACAGCGUAUACGAAGUCCAUCAUCACCAGAGAACCUCCUUGCUAGAUAUUCUCGAUUUCCAAAAGACUCCCUGCCAAAGCAAUGGACCUGGUACUCAGGCACAGCUCGAUGUGCCCUACGUCUCGGGCCUCCAUCAGACCUUACCACUUCUCAAAGACAGGAUAUCGAUCGCCCUCAAGACAAGACUCGGUCACGGCAAGACUACGUGUCUCGCGGAGAGGAUGUUGUUUGAGAAUACUCUCACUGAGCUACACAGCAAUUUGCCGAAGCGUCCGAUUAUUGAUGGCCCUGUCGAACCCCAUAAACUACUCAUACGCGAACAGAUCUCAGACCUGAUGUUUCGGUCCAGGUCAAGCAUGUCGGAGAUCAUUACCUUGAAAGCGAUAGUCUCACUAUCCACCACACUUUCUUCGAGGCUUCCGAUACUUUUGAAGAAGUUUGAUCUCUACGACUGGUCUUACGUCGAACAGGGCUUCGGCCCAGAAUGGGAGAAGCUGGUCCCGCACGCGGUUGUUGGGUGUCUCCUCUUCGCUCCGGGCGAUCUCUACUCAGACUCGCAGCCGUAUGCCAAGAUCUGGGCCCACGACAUUCUGGUAAAAGAGGGCGCGAAAUAUCCCAUACUCGCACGGGACCUCGCACUCAUCCCACCCAGGAUCAGAAACUGGUCCUUGAAGGAGCUUGCCUUCCUCACCGACCACGUCGGACCGGAUCUCAAGGACAAUCAAGGGCUGACUCUCGUCCACGCCGCUAUCUUGGACCGCAGGCCGGACAUUGUGCAUCAGCUUCUCGAGCCGGGAGGCGCCAAACCGUGGCAUCGAAUAUUCAGGAGACGAUUCUCCCUUUUUCAUUUCGCAGCCUCGGUGGGAUGCGAGUCGUGCUACGCUGAAUUGCGCUGCCAUCCAGAGAUCCGGCCGGCGGAGGAGACGCGGGACCGGAACGGAAUGCUGCCCUUACACGUCGCUGCCCUUCGCGGGCAAGUGAACGUGGUGGAAGCUAUUCUCAAGGCGCAUUUUGACGGAGCGGAGGGAAAUGAGGAGUAUGUGAAUCGUGAGACGUCAGAAGCUGGGCAUACCGCUUUGUAUCUCGCGAUAGCGCGGGCCGAAGAUGAUGCCACAGCCAGAUUCUUGGCAAUGUACCCCGGCGUCGACUUCCUCGUGGAUCGUCAGGUACGGCAGACAGCGCUUCAUGUUGCGGCGUCUCGCAAACGACACGGUCUAUUGCGGUUUCUCCUUUGUCGAGCACCCGAGCAUCAGCUUAAUGUGCAGAACGAAGACGGUGAGACGGCAUUGCAUAUUAUCGCCCGGCAUGGUGACCGAGAGACAUUGAACGCUGUCUUGGACCUCCCCUCAAUUGAGCUUGACGUGACGGCCAACGACGGAUCAACACCACUGGUUGAUGCUGUGACGAACGGGAACAUGGUGGCGAUGGAAGCCUUGAUCGGCUGCCCGGGUGUGGAUAUCACGGCGUUACGGCGGCCUUUGGAGCCCUUUGGGUUUUCUGCACUGGAGCAUAUUUUGCAAGAGGCGAACGGCAACGAUGGUUCUGGGGGGUACGUCGAUAUUUUGGAGUGCUUGCGAGUGCGUUGUCCCGAGCUAGAAGACGAUCUUUAUGAGGCCUCAAUGGCUGAGAUGGAGACGGAUGACGGUGAUAUGGAGGUUGAGUAA